CCAACUGGCGGCCGGCUGGCGACCUACACGGUAAGUCCUUUCCUAUGGACUUCUCUGACUGCCCAACUUCGUCCCUCAAGGCUCGUCCUCAAUUUCUCCAAAAACGGAAAAAGGAAAAAAAAAUUAUAGUAGUGACAAGGGGCUCAGUAUUCCCGUAUUUGUUCCAGAAAACUCGAGAACUUGACUUGGAAGCACUCACGAGGUGUAGAUAAACAUCGAGGGAAAAAGCCAAACAAAAAAAAGGGCCCCGAAAGCACCGAGAGAGCCCCGUCAUGUAUCAGCUUGUUAACGCAGAGGGUUACAAAUACCCCGGACAAGAGACCUAUGUCUUAGACAUCCUGCCAAUCGCAGCUGGGUUCGCGACAACAGCAUCGGACCAGACUCUUAGCCUCUUCGAUCCCCUGAGACUGAGCCAAGGCCCGGUCAAGAAGAUUAAGACGGACCAUGGAAAUCUCACUGCCGCAGAGGUCUACAGCGCCGCCGACUCCGUUGUUUGCACCACAGGACAGAAUGGGACGAUUUCGGUGUGGGAUCUCCGUCUGGACCCUUCCAGUGCCCGGGCGAUGCAACUAGGGGGGAAUCUUCCUGGGCUGCUGUCGCUCGCAUGCUCGAAUGAGACCAACUCGGUGGCUGCCGGCACGGAACUGGCAAACCACCAGGCAUCCAUCCUCAUCUGGGACCUCCGCUCUGCCUCGGCCCCGAGAAUGCAGUACAACGAAGGGCACUCUGACGACGUCACCGAGCUAGCCUAUAAUCCCUCUAGCCCGACCCAUCUCCUCUCCGGCUCUACGGACGGCCUCCUCAACGUGACCGACACGCUCGUCGCCGACGAAGACGACGCUGUGCGGGCGACCUUCAACCACGGCUCGGUCCACCGCGCCGGCUUCCUGCCGGGCGCCACCGAGGUCUACGCGGCCUCGCACGACGAGAAGUUCGCGCUGUACGACACGGCCGACGAGACACCCCUCAAGGGCGCCGCGACCCUGGACCUGGGGGAUAUCCGCGCCCUGCUGGGGUGUCAGUACCUUGCGGACGUGGUGCCGAAGCAGGCGGGGAUGGGCGCUGUGGUGGGCGUUGGAGCACAGGACCAAGAGAUGUUCCAGCUUAUACACCUUGCCAAAGGCCCGGGCGGGUGGGGGUUGGAUAGAGAUACCAUUGUUGGAUUGCCUGGAGCCCACGGUUCGGAGAUAGUGAGAAGUUUCUGCUUCUUUGACGAACAACAGAUCGUCUUCACUGCUGGCGAGGACGGGUGUGUCAAAGCGUGGAGGCCCGGGAGUUAGCCGUCCGGCCAGGGUUGGUGGUCCUACGGUAGUCAGGGAAGACAGACAUGGAGAGGAGUCAAAAUACAGAAAGCCAUCGAGCCUCAAUUAUGCAUUGAUUGUUUCUGGCGGUAUUUGCCAUGAUCUGGCGUACCUCUUUGUCCUGCGCACAGUUAUCC